ACGAAGAGAGAAUGCUGAGAGAAUAGUGAGCUCAUUCAGUACAAAACCGCAAACGCCAAUUUUCGGUAAUCAUCCAAAUUUGUAUCGCGCAAACACACACAUAACACUGCGGGCGGUGUCAAUUAACUGGUGACCACUACCUACAUGUAGUCGCUUAUUUCCAACUGGUCGCAUUCCAAGCACAGCGUCAUUAGUAAAAAUGUUGCUCAUCUACACGGUCGCGCUACUUGUGAUUGCCGCAACACUUGGCCUAAAGUACGUCUACUCGUAUUGGGACCGACAUGGGCUGCCUAACGUGAAACCACACAUCCCGUUUGGAAAUCUGAAAACCGUCGUCAACAAGACCGAGUCAUUCGGAUUCGCCAUCAAUCAAGUCUACUGGCAGACCAAAGGACAACUAGUUGGAAUUUACCUAUUCUUCCGGCCGGCGAUUUUGAUACGGGAUGCACACCUGGCCCAGCAGAUCAUGACAACGGACUUCAAUCACUUCCAUGAUCGUGGCAUCUACUGCAACGAAGAGGGCGAUCCCUUCUCGGCGAAUCUCUUCGCUCUACCCGGUAAGCGAUGGCGCAAUCUGAGAAACAAACUAACGCCCCUCUUUACCGGCGGAAAACUACGCGGAAUGAUGCCAACCAUUUUGGAGGUAGGCGAUAAGCUGCAAAAAUAUCUUGAACCCGUAUCCGAAAGCCAAGAGGUGGUGGACAUUCGAGAUAUCGUAUCUCGGUUCGUGUUGGAGAUAAUCGCCUCAGUGUUUUUCGGCUUCGAAGCAAACUGUAUCGAAGAUCGUGACGAUGCGUUCAGCAAAGUCUUACGGGAAGCACAGGGUGAGCGAUUGUCGGCCGUUCUCAGAGCGGCUGCCAUGUUCGUUUGCCCUGGGCUGUUAAGGUACACCGGGAUAUCGUCUCUGGAGCCGGACGUAAUUGCGUUCGUUUCGGGAAUUGUGACCAAACAAAUCGAACACAGAGAGAAGACUGGCGUAACUCGGAAGGAUUUCAUCCAACAAUUGAUCAACAUACGUCGGGAGGCUGAACAAAACCAGGAAGUGCCUAUGAGCCUCGAACAGUGCGCUGCAAACGUCUUCCUUUUCUACGCAGCUGGGUCGGAAACUUCGACGGGUACAAUAGCCUUUGCAAUGCAUGAGCUUAGUCACCAUCCGGACGUGAUGAAGAAACUACAAACGGAGAUCGAUGAAGCGCUUGUAAAAUCAUUUGGGGAAAUCACGUACGACACCGUGAUGCAAAUGCAGUACUUAGAUCUGUGCGUGAAAGAAACGCUACGAAAGUAUCCGGGACUUCCGUUUUUGAACCGGGAGUGUACGCUGGACUACAAAGUUCCGAAUUCGGAAUUGUUGAUCCGGAAAGGUACGCAGCUUGUUCUUCCGAUCUAUGGAUUCAGUAUGGACGAGACAUAUUUCCCUGAACCAGAGCGCUAUAAUCCGGAACGCUUUGAUGAAGCGUCGAAAAAAUAUGAUGAGAAAGCUUAUUAUCCGUUUGGAGACGGUCCAAGAAAUUGUAUAGCAUAUAGAAUGGGUGUUAUGAUAGCGAAGGUAGCAUUGAUUCUACUCUUGUCGAAGUACAACUUUAAGGCAACACAAGAUUCAAAAAUGGUGUUCAGUUCAGCGUCGGUGCCGCUUUUACCAAAACAUGGAGUGUUACUGAAAAUUUCCAAAAGAAAAUAAAAGUAUUUUUAUUUCCA